GCUGCAUAUGUUUAAGGUGGGACUGGGUGGCAGCGAGGGAAAGUUGUUUUCUCUCUGAUGAAAUAUUCACACAUUACCCUUCCAUUGGAUUUCCAUUUUGAGGUGCAAUGUUUGCUAAACUAUUAUCUGCAAACAGGCCAGUUUUCAAAUGUUUGAAAACUUUACACAACUGUUCGACACGAGGGUUUAGCAUUGGAGCUGCUUCCCUUGGCCCUGUGAGUUUAAAGGGUCGCAGUUGUCUCACGUUGAAAGAUUUCAGCUCAGAUGAAAUCAAGAGGCUGCUGUGGGUGUCGGGGGAUCUAAAACAUCGGAUCAAGCAUGAAAAACAGUAUCUUCCUCUCCUGCAAGGAAAGUCGAUUGCGAUGAUAUUUGAGAAGAGGAGCACCAGAACAAGAAUGUCAACAGAGACAGGUUUUGCUUUGCUGGGUGGACACCCCUGUUUCCUCACCUCCCAGGACAUCCACCUGGGAGUGAAUGAGAGCAGCACAGACACAGCUAGGGUUCUCUCAGGACUCUGUGAUAUUGUCUUGGCACGAGUGUACAGCCACUCCACGCUGGAGGAGCUGGAUAAGGAGGCCUCCAUCCCCAUCAUCAAUGGUCUGUCUGACCUCUACCACCCAAUCCAGAUUCUGGCUGAUUUCCUCACUUUACAGGAGCAUUAUGGGUCCCUCAGUGGAUUAACAGUGAGCUGGAUUGGAGAUGGCAACAACGUCCUCCACUCCUUCAUGAUGACUGCCGCCAAAUUGGGAGUUCACCUGAAGAUUGCUACACCAAAGGGGUAUGAGCCAGAGAAGAGCGUUAUUCAGGAGGCACAGAGACUUUCCAAAGAGUAUGGAACUCAGCUUGUUCUGACCUCUGACCCGAUGGAGGCCGCCCAUGGCAGCAAUGUCUUAGUCACUGACACCUGGGUCAGCAUGGGACAGGAGGAGGAGAAGAAAAAGAGGCUCAAAGACUUUCAUGGUUACCAGAUCACAAUGCAGACAGGAAGUGUGGCCAAACCAGACUGGACCUUCCUGCAUUGUCUCCCACGUAAAAUGGAGGAGGUGGAUGACCAGGUGUUCUACUCCUCCCGCUCCCUCGUCUUCCCUGAGGCUGAGAAUAGGAAGUGGACAAUCAUGGGUCUGAUGGUCUCUCUUCUGACUGACUACACUCCACAGACCCCCAUGCUAAAGUUUUAAUUUCAGGUCUUAAGGAGGCGUUUUACUUGUGUUGUCAUUACAUACUGUCACAUGAUGUCACAGUCAGACUGCAGGGUGCCUCUGCACUAGGGGCUGAUUUCACCCAUUUAUAGCACCACCACAAGACUAGAUGGGUUACCCCAAAGUAACUGUUUACAUAGUUUAAUUCACUUUCUCACUUAGAGCACAGAUGGCAUUGUUUUCCUUUUCUCACAGUACGAGACUGUUGCCAUGCGAAGUUAUCUGUUUACAUUCUACAUUUACUGUUAUUGAGAGCGAGGAUUGUGGUGAGCAUGAGGUUUACAGUGGAAAUGGCUUUGUUAGAUGUGUGUCACUGAAAAGGAAAAUUUUACGGAUCCUUUCUUCAUCUUGUUUAACAUCUUAUUGACUUUACAACAUUCUCCAACAACUUGUAUGAGAAAUCAGCCCAAGCUGACCAUACCUGUACCACAGUUUUUUUACUACGUGUUUUAGCUUAUUUACGACAAUUACAGUGGAGUUUUUUGGACCCCCCCCCCCCUUCAUAAAAGUACCAUUGCAUGAUCACUACUGCAUUUUCUGUGCAGUUGUUGUUGUGUAACCAUGGAUUGUUACAAAACUUUAAACUAGGGUUGGCAAUAAUAUAAAAUAUUUACACUUAGCAAAUGGGCUUAAUAAGGGACACAUACAUAUCUUAAAGCAAAAUGAACAUUGUGUUAAAGGAUUGAUUCCAUGUCAUAUGGUUACACAUGUUUUUUAUGUAAUUUUUUAAGUAUGAAUGUAUACAUGUACUGUUUACAUCAUGCUCUCUGCAUUUGAAAAGCUGCCUCUGAGUUGUGUCCCUUAUGAUGUGCUAAAUGAUGGAACAACGAUGGAAUCAAAUUGUAGUUCACAAACUACUACGUUAAAGGUAUCACAGGCGAUACAUCAUUUCAGUCCAUAGUCUGGAACAAGUCAUUUAGGGUGGUAUGUCCCUGCUUUUUAAUCCAGUUAUACACACUUAAUUCUACUUCAGUAAGACUAGAUUAAACCAGUCAACAACUACUUUGAUAAUCAUUUAGGUAUUUUUCCUUGUUCUCAAACGUGAGGAUUUGCUGUUUUUCCUUUUAAUAAUUCAAUUGGAUUUGAAUAAUUUUGAGGUUUGGACCUUUGGUUGGACAAAAACAAGCAUUGUGAAGUUGUCACUUUGGACUUUGGGUAAUUGUAAUGAGGAUUUUUCACCAUUUCCUGAUAUUUUACAAACCAAACAAUCAGUUUAUUAAUCAGGAGAAAAUAAUAAUAAAAAAUCAAUCAUC